UCGUCAAGUCUCAUUCACCCGUGUACUCUAGCCAUAGAGUAUAUGGUUAGACAUGAGGGAAUGAUUAAGAUCACGUGCGGCAGGCAAUGACGGCAGUCUGGGUGCGUGGGUCUCAAGCCCUCGAAUGGUGCAAGAACUCUCUAAACUUCGUGAUGUUUGCCAAACAUGGGAAACUUUGCAGAACGUGAUCAUAGUUCGCCCAUUUAUGAAAACGAUGAGGGGGGCGCAGGAAAAUAAACAUGGGCAACCUUGAAGAACGUGAUCGUAGUUCGUCAACGUACGAAACGACGAGGGAGACACAGUAAGGAAAACAAGGGAAGCUUUGAAGAACAUGAAUAUAAUUCUCUAUAAUUCAUCGAUGUACAGGACGAAGCGAAGUCGGCGACACAGUGAAUCAACAGAAGCGAUGGGAGAGAACAACCAUGCGACAUGUAACCACUGGGAAGAAUUGGAACCCAGUCCCAGGACUGCUUUGUGAUUAGGUCUAGGGGAGCCGAAAGUCGCAGGCAGAGGUUCCAUUUGCUGGGAAAGAUUCAAACGCAGACAGGAACAUAAGUUUGAAGCGGCCAUGGGGUGCCACUGGACAGGCUCCACUGUAUGGGGUUGUUCUUAUAUCGAGCGGUCCGGCGCUGCCCUCCUCCUCCGACUUUCGCUUACACAGUCCUCGUGUCCAGCUUCUUGAUAGCUCUGGAAGCGAGACGGAGCACCGCUCCGACCACUUCGAUCAGGGAUCGAUGGAUCGAUCCAUGGCGGACAGGAACUUUUAUUGAUGCGAUCUGGGUGAGAAUCAGGCGGAUCGGCGCAUGCUUGUUUCUGCUUUUGCCAAAUUUUUUUCAGCUGGUUUUGUGAACGAUGACGGCCGCUGAAAGGGCCUCCCCCUCUAAGGGCAGAGGAGGUGCUUUCGCUGCUAUUCUUUCCUUCGCGACGUUGCUGUUGAUCGGAAUCUUGGCGUUCUCCAUUCGCCUGUUUUCGGUGAUCAAAUAUGAAAGUGUUAUCCACGAAUUUGACCCCUACUUCAACUAUCGAGUUACUCAGUACCUGUCGAAAGCUGGAAUAUACGAAUUCUGGAAUUGGUUCGAUGACAGGACCUGGUACCCACUGGGUCGAGUAAUUGGGGGCACAGUUUAUCCAGGUCUCACUUUGACUGCGGGCACAAUGUGGUGGGUUGCAAACGCUUUGAACAUUCCUUUGUCGGUGGAAACUGUCUGUGUCUUUACUGCCCCGGUAUUCUCUGCAUUUGCUGCUUGGUCCACGUAUGCCUUGACGAAGGAAGUAAAAGGAGUCGGUGCUGGUCUUACUGCCGCAGCGUUGAUUGCUAUGGUACCUUCAUAUAUAUCGAGAUCCGUAGCUGGAAGUUAUGACAACGAGGGUGUUGCUAUUUUUGCUCUCGUCUUCACCUUCUACCUCUAUUUGAAGACUUUGAAUACAGGAUCGCUCUUCUAUGCCACUUUGAAUGCGCUUGCUUAUUUCUACAUGGUUUGUUCUUGGGGAGGAUAUACUUUCAUCAUUAAUCUCAUUCCCAUGCACGUGUUGUUGUGUAUCGUUACUGGACGUUAUUCUUCUCGUCUUUACAUUGCGUAUGUACCCCUGGUGAUUCUGGGAACUCUGCUGGCAGCUCUCGUCCCAGUCGUGGGUUUCAAUGCUGUGAUGACAUCUGAGCACUUUGCAUCUUUCCUGGUAUUUGUGAUCAUACAAGUGGUUGCACUUGUGCACUACAUCAAGCGCAUCCUUACACAGAAAGCAUUCCGCGUGGCGGUGGCUUUUGUCCUUACAGUUGGCACGGUGAGUGCGCUGACAUUAAUCGGAGUUUUGAUCGCUUUGGUUGCAACUAGUCCAACAAAGGGUUGGAGUGGACGUAGUUUGAGUUUACUCGACCCCACAUAUGCAAGCAAGUAUAUCCCUAUUAUCGCCAGUGUGAGUGAACAUCAGCCACCUACUUGGCCAUCUUAUUUCAUGGAUAUCAACAUCUUGGCCUUUCUUGUUCCAGCAGGGAUUAUCGCGUGCUUCUUGCCUCUAUCGGAUUCAAGUACUUUUGUGGUCUUGUACCUGGUAACAGCCGUAUAUUUCUCUGGUGUCAUGGUGCGAUUGAUGCUUGUUUUGGCCCCGGCAGCCUGUAUAAUGUCAGGCAUUGCACUUUCGGAAGCAUUUGGAACUUUGACGCAUUCUAUCAAAUACCAGUUGGAUUUACCUGAUCCACCUGCACCACCAGCUGUUACAGUUGACCAAGCAGCUUCUAGUACCCCUCAGGUGUCUAGCGUAACUGCUGCGGCAGACUCUACGAAGGAAAAGAGCACAAGUGAGAAAGCAAAGGAGACUUUGAGAGAAAGGCCUGUGAAAAGAAACCGAAAGAAGGAGCGUGAAAUAAUCGAGAAAAGCGUUGAGAAGAAGACGCAAAAGAAGAAGCCUCCUCAAGUGCUGCCCUUAGAAGCGUCAGCAGUCGGCAUUGUGUUACUCCUCUUGCUAGGAUCUUUCUAUGUGAUCCACUGUGUUUGGGCCGCCGCAGAGGCAUAUUCAGCUCCGUCAAUCGUUUUGACUUCCCACACAGCUGAUGGGUUACAUGUUUUUGAUGAUUUCCGUGAGGCAUACGCUUGGCUUAGUCACAAUACAGAUGAAAAUGACAAGGUGGCAUCAUGGUGGGAUUAUGGGUAUCAAACUACUGCAAUGGCCAAUCGGACGGUGAUAGUAGACAACAAUACUUGGAACAAUACUCAUAUUGCAACAGUUGGCAUGGCCAUGUCUUCCCCCGAGCGGCAAGCUUGGGAGAUAUACCAGUCACUGGAUGUGAAAUACGUAUUCGUCAUUUUUGGAGGUCUGGUGGGAUAUCCCAGCGAUGACAUCAACAAAUUCCUAUGGAUGGUUCGUAUAGGAGGGGGAGUUUUCCCGCACAUUAAAGAACCUGAUUAUCUUAGGGACGGCCAAUAUCGAAUAGAUGGACAAGCAACACCAACCAUGCUGAACUCUCUCAUGUACAAACUAUCGUACUACAGAUUCGCAGAAGCUACAAUGGACGGGAAGGGCUAUGAUCGUGUGAGAAGAACAGAGAUUGGAAAGAAAUUUUUUAAGCUCACACAUUUUGAAGAGGUGUUUACCACUCACCACUGGAUGGUUCGAAUCUACAAACUCAAACCUCCAAAGAAUAGGCUUCGAGGAAAGAACAAGCGGAAAACAAAACCGGUCUCCAAGAAGUCCAGACCUACUCCCCCUACAAAGACAUCUGGAAGGAGAAAUUGAUUGGAUAUGAGUCAAUUGCAUAUGCGAUAAUUAGCAUAUUGCAUGCCUGAGGAGUCUAAAACUCAUGUCUCACUGCAUGACAGACUGGCUGGCAGCCGAUCUUUAUGUCAGCUUUGGGCUGGCUACUCUCGCUCUUAUGCCACUGGCAUGUAUAGUGGGGACGGCAUGAUGGCAAGUGAGCAAAUUCUCCAAAGGUUUCUAACAGUUUUGAAGAAUUGAAUUAGGCAGGAGGGCAACUCAUUUCUUUGUCGGAGGAGUCACAUAGUUUACCUUAGUGUUGAGUACCCAAGAUAUGAUACAAGUGAAAGGAUAAAGCUCUAGUUGCUCACAGAGCCCAUUGUAACCAAAGUUUGGCAGCCGACAAACAACGGGAUGGUCUACCACAGCCCAUGGUUUUCAAUUAAUUGGAAGUAAAGCUGAAAUUACUGUUGGGUGUUCAUCAGCAGGUGAUUAUUUC